ACAGAGCUUGAGGCCGAGAUGCAGGACACGCUACGAGAAGCAGAUGCGAGGGACAACUCCCGGAAGGCGACCAUCAUCCAGAUCCAGGCGGCCACCGUGCUGCAUGGAAGGUAUGUGGGCAGGGUCCAGGAGAAGUUGCAGAGCUACGAGGAGGAGAGGGCAAAAAAAGCGAAGAAAACAAAGCUCUUCGGAGAUGGGCUGCCGAAGCUCCUGACGUCGGACAAGUUCACCAGCGCGGUUCAGGAGCACGAGAGCGGCCUUGAGCAGGAGAAGAGAGACCAGGAGAAGCGGAAGGCAGAGCGAGAGCAGUAUGAGAAAGAGGUUGAGGAAUGGAAGGUGCGCGACAAAGAGAGAGGGGACAGGGUCAAAGCACAGAGGGAGCGCUAUGCCGCAGCAAAGAAGGAGGUUGAA